AUGGUUAGAUAUAAACUUCCUGUUAUUAUUGUGGUAGUUAACAAUUCUGGCAUUUAUUCUGGAAUGGAAGUAACUGUAUUAAAUGAAAUAAGAGAUAGUGUUGGAGUAGAAGAAAUUGCCAAAGUUUCACCUCCAGGAUGUUUGACCAGUGUAACGCGUUAUGACAAUAUGAUGAGUCUUUUUGGAAGAACAGGAUUUUUCGUUAAUACAGUUCCAGAACUGCACUUAGCGGUUAAAGAAGCCCUAAAGGUUGAACUGGCUAGACCAUAUUGUAAAUAUUCGGCGCGUCCACCGAGUAUACCAUUAAUACCUCUUCAUGUCGAAAAAGCUGUGAGAUUAACAAAAACAGGUCGACCAGGAGCAGCCUAUCUUGAUUUUCCUGCAAAUAUUUUAUCGGGUCGAGUUUCUCAAGAAAAAAUACCACAACAGUAUGGACCAAUGCCUAUCCCGCAAGUUUUCCCAGAUCCAAGACAAAUUGAAAAGGCAAUAACUGUUCUUUCGCAGGCCCGAAACCCCUUGAUAAUUGUAGGAAAAGGUGCGGCUUAUUCAAGAGCCGAAAAAGAAGUCAGGGACUUGGUAGAAUUGGCCAAUUUACCAUUUUUAGCCACACCAAUGGGAAAAGGAGUCGUACCUGACACUUCUUCAAAGUUCGUUGGAUCUGCAAGAUCUACCGCUUUGCAACAAGCCGACGUUAUUCUUCUUCUGGGAGCACGACUCAACUGGAUUUUGCAUUUCGGCAGACCUCCAAGGUUUUCUCCAAAUGUUAAAGUAAUUCAAAUCGAUAUUACUGCUGAAGAAUUGCACAAUAGUGUAAAAUCUGAAGUAGCAAUACAAAGUGACAUCAAAAGUGCAUUAGAACUAAUAAAUGCAGGUUUAAAAAAACGAAAUUUCAAAUAUAAUGACAACAGCGAAUGGUGGAGUUUAUUAAGAAAAAAAUGUCAGGAUAAUCAGAGGACUGUAAAGGCUAUGUGUGCCGAUAUAUCAGUACCACUAAACUACUAUGCCGUUUUUCAAAACCUAUUUGAUCGUUUACCUGAAGAUUGUAUAAUUGUAAGUGAAGGUGCUAAUACAAUGGAUAUAGGAAGAACUUUAUUGCUUAACAAUCAACCCAGGCAUAGAUUAGAUGCUGGUACUUUUGGAACUAUGGGUAUGAAGCUAGACCUAGAUCUCAUGUCCACCUCAAGAAAAAAGGCUGUUGGCGAAAAAUUGCUGUGA